ACAUUAAGACGGUGGCAGUACACAGUCAGCAUGGAUACUGUACAUGGAUAAACAAGUAUGGCUGUUUAUUCCAUCAUCUUUGUCCUGCUCUCCAUCUUAAUUUCUGGUUGCAGAACAGCCAACAAAAAUGAACCUCCUUCGGAAGAAAAAGAAUCCCAGGAGAGUCAGACGCUUAAGCAAGACCUAAUAAUCGCUGCAAUGAGUGUUUUCUUGAUAAUCUCCCUCCUACUCAUUCUGGGCUGCAGUUUCCUUCAUUACAAACUGGUGACAAAGGACAACACGACUUCAAAGAAAGAAGUGAAAUCUAUCGCCAUCAAGUCACACUUGCAUCAUGUUGAAACGAGGAUUGUCCUAUCUUCUUCCCAGGCUAUGCAGUUAGCUGCCUCCCAACAGAGGAGAUCUCAAGGAACCUCUCUCAUACAAUCAUCACCGAUUUAUAAACAGCCUGGAGAUGUGCUACCGCUACAACCAGCCUCCAAUGAAUCUGCUGUCAGUUUUGCAUACACUGACUCUGGCGCUGUUUUCUCAGCACCAAGGAGCCAUACUCCGGAAAGUUUUCUUUCUACCCUCUCAAAGUCAGGAAGCCUUUUUUCUAUGGAACAAUAUGAUCUCUUUUAUAGGUCUUCCAGGAGUUCUUCCAGGGGGUCCUUGGGCAACCCUGGAUACACAUACCAAGAUGAAGAAGGAAGCAGUUAUUCUGGGAGCACAUCUUUUGUCCCACAGCAAUGUGACAGAUGAUCUACCUUUCACUAGACGCAAAUGAUAUUCCAUGCGUAUCUCUCUGCUGCACUAUGUCUCUUUUAAUGAAAAAUUUAAAUAGGAAAAAAAAGCACACAACUUGAGUAUUUUCUGAGCUAUGUGUGAAUGGAAGGCCACACAAAGAGUUGCCUCCCAUCAAUAUCUUCAGUUUUUAAAAUACGGAGAUCUCCUUUGGAAGUGAACUUACUCCAGUCUUUCCUCAAUCAUGAUAGGGACUACAUGACCUAACGAAUCAAGCUCUUUCCACAGUGAACAGAUGGGCUGUACAAACUGACUGACUGAUGCCAGUUUCCAAGAGUACUUCAAAUAUUAGACUGGGAUAAGAGGUUAACAAUGAGAUUGAUCAGCUGUAGCUGUUAUUUAAAGAAGAAUAAAAUCACAGAAUAAGAGACAAA